GUACUUAUAAGCAUUUCAUAUUUUGAAAGUGAAGUCGAGCAAAUAAAAAUGCUAAAUCAUUAACAUUCAGCAGUACUCCCUUGUCCAUAUGCAUAAAUUGAAAUGUCCAAGUUGCAAAUGAACUAAAGAAUUCUCAAGCAGCAUAGACUAAACCAAGUCUUCUUCUUCCUCCUCCUUUGCACAUCAAAACACAAUGAAAAUCAGAGAAAACACAAACACUCACAUGACAAUACCAUUUUACCAUUAUCUAACCAUCUUCUUAAUCCUGAGCCAUGCACGCUCUGAGACUCAGAUGCACGAACAAGAACUUGCAGUCCUACUGAAGAUAAAGCAGCACCUUCAGAAUCCUUCAUUCCUCAGUCACUGGACCCCUUCAAACACUUCUCACAGUCACUGUUUUUGGCCAGAGAUCACAUGCACCAGUGGCUCUGUCACUGGAUUGGCUCUGGGCAACAGAAACAUCUCUCAAACACUACCACCUUUCAUGUGUGACCUCAAGAAUCUGACACAUGUUGAUUUCAGAAACAAUUCCAUUCCGGGGAAGUUUCCAACAUUUCUCUACAAUUGUUCCAAGCUGGUGUACCUGGACCUCGAAAUGAAUGAUAUUCAUGGUAGCAUUCCUGAUGACGUAGACAACUUGGUUAACUUGCUGCAUCUUAACCUUGGUUCCACAAGCUUAAGUGGUGAUAUUCCUACUAGCAUUGGAAGGUUAAAGCAACUGAUAUUUCUUCAACUUCAGUAUUGUCUAUUCAAUGGAACCUUCCCUGCUGAGAAUAUCAGCAACUUGUUCAAUCUUGAAUUCUUGGAUAUGUCCUCUAACUUGGAUCUCCCUCCUUCAAAGUUACCAUCAAGCCUGACCAGGUUGAAAAAACUGAAGUUCUUUCACAUGUACAGUUCCAACUUGUUUGGGGAAAUCCCUGAAACCAUUGGAGAAAUGGUGGCCUUGGAGAACUUGGAUAUAUCACGAAGCAAUCUCACUGGACACAUUCCUAAAGGCUUGUUCAUGCUGAAGAAUUUGAGCAUUCUGUACCUUUUCAAGAACAGUCUCUCUGGGGAGAUACCUGAUGUGGUUGAAGCAUUGAAUUUGACCGAACUUGAUCUUGCAGAGAACAAUCUUGCAGGGAAAAUACCUCAUGAUUUUGGGAAGCUCCAAAACUUAACAUGGUUGAGUUUGUCUCUCAAUAACUUGUCAGGGGAGAUACCGCAAAGCAUAGGCCGUCUUCCAUCUCUUGAACAUUUUCGUGUCAUAUUCAAUAACUUGUCAGGUAUUCUUCCUCCUGAUUUUGGUCGCUACUCAAAGCUUAAAUCAUUUUUGGUUGCAUCUAAUAGUUUUAGUGGAAGUCUCCCAGAGAACUUAUGCUAUCAGGGUCAGUUACUUAAUUUAUCUGCUUAUGAAAAUUAUCUGAGUGGAGAGUUGCCACAAUCACUAGGCCAGUGUAGUAGCCUGGUGGAUUUAAAAAUUUAUAGUAAUGGGUUUUCUGGUAGCAUUCCUAGUGGUCUUUGGACUUUCAGUUUGUCAACUUUCAUGGUGAGCAAUAAUAAGUUCACUGGUGAGCUUCCUGAGAGAUUGUCCUCAAGUGUCUCACGCUUGGAGAUUAGUCACAAUCAGUUUUAUGGUAGGAUUCCAACUGGGGUAUCUUCAUGGACUAAUGUGGUAGUGUUUGAUGCCAGUAAGAACUACCUUAAUGGGAGUUUUCCAAAAGAGUUAACAGGUCUUCCCAAGUUAACAACUCUAUUGCUAGAUCAGAACCAAAUCACAGGACCACUUCCAUCAGAUAUAAUAUCAUGGAAGUCUCUAGUCACUCUAAAUUUGAGCCACAACCAACUCUCUGGACCAAUCCCAGAUGCAAUUGGUUUGUUACCUGUCCUUAGUCAACUUGACCUAUCAGAAAACCAAUUUUCAGGCCAAGUUCCUUCUGUACUUCCUAGACUCACCAAUCUCAAUCUAUCCUCUAACCAUUUGUCAGGGAGGGUUCCAAGUGAAUUUGAAAUUUCUGUGUAUUCGACAAGCUUUUUAAACAAUUCUGGCCUAUGUGCUGAUACCCCAACACUGAACCUUAGGCUGUGCAAUGUUGCCUUUGCAAGGCCAACCAAAGGCUCUUCUUGGUCUCUUGCUUUGAUUUUGUGCCUGGUGGCAGUAGCCGUGUUACUGGCUUUGUCAAUACCACUCUUGAUCAUCAAACUUUACAGAAGAAGGAAACAAGGAUUGGAUAACUCAUGGAAGCUCAUUUCCUUUCAAAGUCUGAGUUUCACUGAAUCAAACAUUUUGUCAUCAUUGGUAGAACAUAAUGUUAUUGGAAGUGGUGGAUUUGGCACGGUAUACCGCGUCCCCGUUGAUGAUUUAGGCUAUGUUGCUGUUAAAAGGAUCUCCAGUAACAGAAAGUUAGACCAAAAGUUAGAGAAUUCAUUUCGUGCAGAAGUUAAAAUAUUGAGCAACAUUCGUCAUAAAAACAUUGUGAAAUUGAUGUGUUGUAUCUCCAAUGAUGAUUCUAUGCUCCUUGUUUAUGAGUAUUUGGAAAACCGUAGCCUAGAUAGGUGGCUGCACAAUAAGAGCAAGUCAUCAUCUGUGUCGGGUUCAGUCCAUAAUUUUGUGCUUGAUUGGCCAAAGAGAUUGCAAAUAGCCAUUGGGGUUGCUCAUGGCUUGUGCUACAUGCACCAUGAUUGUUCACCACCUAUUGUCCAUCGAGAUGUGAAAACAAGCAACAUUCUUUUGGAUGCUCAAUUCAAUGCAAAAAUUGCUGAUUUUGGUCUGGCUAGGAUGUUAAUGAAACCAGGGGAACUUGCUACCAUGUCAUCAGUUAUUGGCUCAUUUGGCUACAUGGCUCCAGAAUAUGUUCAAACAACACGAGUGAGUGAGAAGAUUGAUGUAUUCAGCUUUGGGGUUGUACUAUUGGAGCUGACAACUGGUAAAGAGGCUAAUUAUGGUGAUGAGCACUCAUCUCUUGCUGAGUGGGCAUGGCGCCACAUAAUUGUUGGAAGCGAAAUAGAAGAGCUGCUAGACUAUGAGUUCAUGGAUCCAAGUUACAAGAAUGAAAUGUGCUGUGUUUUCAAACUUGGGGUCUUGUGCACUUCAACACUUCCUACUAAUAGGCCUUCCAUGAAGGAGGUGCUACACAUAUUGCUCAGCUGUGGAGAAGGAUUUGUGUUUGGAGAGGGGAGUGUUAGGCAAUAUGAAGGUGCUCCCCUUCUUAAGAACUCAAAAUGAGAGAGUAAGUUGUAUUAUGUUGAUAAUGAUAGUGACUAGUGAUAGUCCUCAUCAAAACUUGGAACAAACCAUUCAAGUUCCUAGAGGGAAGAAAGGGGAAUCGAGCACUAGUAGUAUAAAACAUGGUUUUGAAGGCAGUGUUCAGUGUUGUGAUGAUGAGACCCUCUUUCUUUUUUCGAUAGAAGAUGCUUAUUACGCUCUCUCUAACACUAUUUUCAACACUCUUUUACUAUUAGUCAAAAUUUAUUAGAAUUUAUUAAAAUGUGUGAUUUCUAAUUAAUUUUGACUAAUAAUAAAGAAAGUGUCAUGACAUUCCUUUUUCAGUAAUAUUAUAGCUCAAGUAGACUGGUAAAAUUGCAACAUAAUGUCUACUUGUUCUUGUUUUUUUAGUAUAUGUCAGUUAUUUGAGUUUAAUAGAUAUGAAACAGGUAUUAUACCGUAAA